AUGCCUGAAUUGAAGCGUUACUCGCGUGAGGAAAUUGCAAAGCACAACAAGCCGGAUGAUCUUUGGAUCAUUAUCGACUCGUAUGUGUACGACCUGAGUGACUUUAUCGAUGGUCACCCAGGUGGUCAGGCCGUCCUUCUUAUGGAGGACAUCGCCGGUCAGGAUGCCACUGAGGCCUUCUUUGGUCUGCACCAGAUGGAAGUGCUCAUGCGCUACCAGAAGCUCCGUAUCGGCCAAGUUGAGGGCGAGGAGCCGAAGAUUCACUACCCGCAAUCGGGUGAAAUCUCGCGUGUGCCAUAUGCUGAGCCAGCUUGGCUUGUGGAGCCGUUCUCUUCGCCAUACUACAACGAGUCUCACCGUCGUCUUCAGCGUGAGUUCCGUAAGUUCGUGGACGAGAAGGUGACCCCUGUUGCUGAGAAGUGCGAAGCUAGCGGCGAGCGUCCUGACGUUGAGCUUGUUCAGCUCAUGGGUAAGCUUGGCAUCAACGCCAUGCGUCUCGGUCCAGGCAAGCACCUGCAUGGCCGCAAGCUCUUUGCGGACAUUAAGCCAGAGGAGUUUGACUACUUCCACGAAAUGAUUAUUACCCAGGAGCUGGUUCGCACCGGCUGCCGUGGUUUCAUGGAUGGUCUUCAGGGUGGUAUGGUUAUCGGUCUUCCCCCUGUCAUCAACUUCGGUUCGGACGAGAUGAAGAAGGAGAUUGUGGAGCCUGUGUUCAACGGUGAGAAGUUCAUCGCUCUUGCCAUUACGGAGGCUUUUGCUGGUAGCGACGUUAUGGGUCUGCGUACCUACGCCAAGAAGACUGAGGAUGGUCAGCACUACAUUGUAAACGGUACUAAGAAGUGGAUUACCAACGGUAACUUUGCCGACUACUUCACGACGGCUGUGCGUACCGACGAGGGCUUCGCCGUGAUCCUCAUUCCUCGCUCGCUCGGUGUGGAGACGCGUCUGAUCCACACAUCGUACUCGCCUUGCGCUGGUACCGGUUUUGUGAUGUUCAACAACAUCAAGGUGCCAGCCAAGAACGUGAUUGGCGAGGACGGUAUGGGUAUCCCGAUUGUUCUCUCGAACUUCAACCACGAGCGCUGGGUCAUGUGCUGUGGUACCAUCCGUGGUGUGCGUGCUGUGUGCGAGCACCUCAUGCUCUGGAUCCACCAGCGCAAGGUGGCCGGCCGCCCGCUCACUGCGCAGGCUGUCAUCCGCCAGAAGAUUGCGUUCCUUAUUGCGCAGGCCGAGGCUGGUCAGUCAUACCUGGAGCACAUUACGCUGCAGAUGAACAAGAUGUCGUACAGGCAGCAGGCCAAGUUCCUUGCUGGUCCGAUUGCUCUGCUCAAGGCGUGGUCGACGCGUAUUAGCCACGAGGCUGCCGACAACGCAGUCCAGAUCAUGGGUGGCCGUGGUCUUACUCGCAGUGGUAUGGGCAAGAAGAUCGAGAACUACAACCGUAACUACAAGUAUGACGCCGUUCUUGGUGGUACGGAGGAGGUGCUCGCCGACCUGGGUAUCCGCCAGUCGUUCCGCUUCUUCCCUCACGAUGUCAAGCUCUAA